CCGCAAACAAAAAAUAUACUACCUUAUACCUUAAAUUACCUGCCUGCCUGCUUGCAAAUGUCAGAAACACCCAUCAUGUCGGCCACUACAGGAGCCCAGAAGUAUCCUGCCUCGUCUGGCAGCUCCGAGAACUCGGAUGUUCUGGACCUCAAGAAUGAUGAGGGAUGGGAAGACGCCGAGCCUGAUCAGGAAGAGUUCCAGUUCAUCUCGUUGUUGGAUGACGAGGUCUUCACUGAUAUUCAUUCAAUGCUGAAACACUGCAAAGAAAAGCACAACUUCGAUUUCCUCGAGGUCAGGCAAAAACUUGGCCUGGACUUCUAUGGCAACAUCAGAUUGGUCAACUACAUCCGCUCUCAGGUCCAUGGUGGCCAUAAAGUCUCUCAAGCUGUCUCCAAGGCCGAGUUUGAGGAUGACAAGUUCCUCAAGCCCGUUCUAGAAGACGAUGCAUUGCUCUUCAGUCUGGACGAACUGCCAGAAGUCACAGAAGAUGUUCAAAGCGCAAACGCAGACAAUGGCAAAGCUGUUUCCGCUGACUCUGGACCUUUGGCUGCUCGCGUCAUUGAGCUUGAGGAGGACUUGCGCAGGAUGCAGCUACAGUUUGACAACUACCGAUCAACUGUUUCACAAACAUUGGACGAACGAUGGAAUGCGAGUGGUCCAUCGAACUCGCCAGAGGAGAAAGAAGAGAAAAGAGACGACGAUAGCCACUACUUCAGCUCGUACUCUUACAACGACAUUCACGAAACCAUGUUAAAGGACUCGGUGCGGACUGAUGCUUACCGAGACUUCAUUUACAACCACAAAUCUCUAUUUGUUGGAAAGACAGUCCUUGAUGUAGGCUGUGGCACUGGUAUUUUGAGCAUGUUCUGUGCCAAAGCCGGUGCUGCACGUGUCAUUGCGGUAGACAACUCAGCGAUUAUUGACAAGGCCCGGGAGAAUGUUUUCAACAACGGCUUUGCCGACAAGAUCACUUGUCUCAGGGGCAAGAUCGAAGAGGUCACUCUCCCUGUCGAUAAGGUUGAUAUUAUCGUCAGCGAGUGGAUGGGAUACUGCUUGCUCUACGAGGCAAUGCUUGAUAGUGUCAUUUAUGCCCGAGACAAGUAUCUCACUCCAGAAGGCCUCAUGAUUCCAAGUCAUAUGAAUAUGUGGGUGGCACCUGUCGCGGAUCCAGAGUAUAUCAUAGAUCACAUCGCGUUCUGGCGCGACGUGUACGGAUUCGACAUGAAAGCCAUGCAAGCUGGGAUCCACGAUGAUGCUCAAGUGCUUCAUAUGCCUGCCAGAACUGUGUGCGCAGAGCCAUUCCCUUUUUUGCAGCUGAGCCUACACACAACGACUGUCAAGGAUCUUGUCUUCAAGCGAAAGUGGCAAGCAAAGCUCAAGGAAGACAUCGAUGCCUUGGAUGGAUUCAUCAUCUGGUUCGACUCCUUUUUCAUGCCUUCGCGAGAAGAUGUUGUUCCAGGGAAUGCCAGAGCCGAGGAAUGGACUAAGCAGGGAAAGAAUGGAAUUGCAUUCACAACCGGUCCAGGAGGAAAGGAGACUCACUGGAAACAGGGUGUCAUGUUGAUUGAUAAUACCAAAGAGAGACCCGCUAGCCAUAAGGCUGGAGAGGAGAUCACUGGGGAGCUUGAGUAUGCUGUUCCAGAAGACAAUUCUCGAGCUUUGAACGUAGGGAUAACCUGGAAGUUCGCCGAGGAUAAAGAGAGCACUCAAAUCUGGAAGAUGAGAUGAGUUACGAUGGACAUAACGGACUUUCUUGACUCCUCUUGCUAUCAGCCCCCGCUUGGUAUAGGAAACAAUUCUGUCUGUCAGCAUUCUGCGCAGGGCGGCCUCAAAGUAGAGAAAAGUAAUGAAA